UUCUCUGUUUUGUAUCCAUCUCUCUUGCCCUUUUUCAGGGUCCUCCUGGACGAGCUGGCUUUCCGGGAAACAAAGGAUCAAUGGGCAUUCCUGGAAGAAUGGGCAUAAAGGGAAACACAGGGGACAAGGGAGCACCAGGGGAGCCAGGUCUGUCUAUCAUUGGCCCACGAGGACCUCCUGGUCAGCCUGGCACUAGAGGAUUUCCUGGCUUUCCGGGUCCUAUCGGCUUGGACGGCAAAUCUGGGCUGAAUGGUCAGAAAGGAGACAUGGGCACUCCUGGCCCCAAGGGACCUCCUGGUGAACCUGGUCCAAAAGGCGAAAAGGGAGUGUGUGGUGAUUAUACACAUCGGAUGUUACCCAUCACCGUACGCAACAUGCCCUCAAUAAGCCCUCUAAUUCUAAAGCGCCUAAAGCAGGGUGAGGCUGGAGCACAAGGACCACCGGGCCCGCCUGGCCCCCCAGGGUCUCCUGGCCUGACCGGUGCUAGUGGGCCACCGGGAAAACCUGGAGAACCUGGGAAACCUGGUAAAGAUAUAAGGAUGUUGCCAGGAAUUAAGGGGGAACCAGGUGUACCUGGACAAAAGGGUGAAACAGGCCUAACAGGACCUGGAGGGCCCAAGGGAUCUAAAGGUGAACAAGGACAUCAGGGUGAACCAAGCUCCUUAGGAUUAUCCAUGAAAGGAGAACCAGGAACACCAGGACUGCCGGGAUCCAAGGGUGAAAAAGGUGACCAAGGCAUUAAGGGUGAAGCAGGACCUGAGGGCACCCUUGGACCAAGAGGUCCUCCAGGUCCAACAGGAGAACCAGGAAAAAUGUUAACCAGCGACAAUGAAAAUGAUAUUCGUAAUGUGCAUCUAAUGGGUCCACCUGGUCUACCUGGUCCACCAGGGCCUGCUGGAAUACCUGGCACUAAGGGAGGGGUUGGACUGCCUGGCCCUCCUAGUCUUGAUGGUGAAAAGGGCCCUAGAGGAAAAGCAGGAGAACCUGGAGCUGUGGGCCUUCCUGGACCUGAAGGGCCACGAGGAGAGGGAGGAGUAAUGGGCCACCCUGGUCCUAAAGGAGAUAGAGGAGCCAUGGGUCCCUCAGGAUCACCUGGUUUAGAUGGCCCUACUGGUGAAAAAGGGGUUGCAGGGCCUCCUGGCCCGAUUGGAUUACCAGGUGCUAUGGGUCAGAAAGGUGAACCUGGAGAAAAUGGUGAAAAAGCAGAGCUGGUAAAUGGGCCUUCAGGACCUCCAGGGCCAGCAGGGCCAGUUGGGCCAGCGGGACCUCCAGGAUUGUUAGGGCCAAAGGGGGAGCCAGGUGUGGGUGUAAGAGGAGAAAAGGGAUCAUUUGGACAGAAAGGAGAUAAAGGAGAUAGGGGUCAUCUUGGACUCCCUGGUCUCAUAGGGCCACCUGGUAUACCUGGACCAGCAGGACCAAAAGGAGAAAGGGGGGAGAAAGGAGAUAUGGGCAUAGCAGGACCAACAGGGCCUCAUGGCAACCCUGGGUUAGUAGGACCACCAGGAAUAAAAGGAAAUCGGGGUUUCCGAGGCUUUAAAGGGGAGAAAGGUGAACCAGGCUUGCCAGGCCUGGACGGUCUGGAUGCCCCUUGUGCUGUGGGUGAUGAUGGUCUACCAGUACCAGGGUGCUGGAAUAAAUGACAUUAAUCCCGGAAUGUCUUGUGUGAUUGUACAUAGAAUAUUUAUUUUUGUACUGUUUUGCUCUUUAAUAUGUUGGGAAAAAUAUAGAAAAUCAUAAAAAUACUGGAAGGACUUCUGUACAGAUUUAUUUUUAUUAUUAUUUUAUUAUUUUUUAUAUAAUGGUAAUAUUUUUUGUAAUGGAUUUUAUACUGUGCCUUAUGCAUCGUGUCAGAAUGUUUUGAUAAGAGGAAGUAUACUGUGGCAGCAUAUGCAUGAUAUUUGUGCAUUAUGUUAACUGAUAUGUGCCUAUUAACUUAUUGUAUAAUGCUGUUUUAAUGAGCUGUUACAGACCAUGCUGCACAAAUCAGUGAAGCUAGAAUUAUGAAGUGCCUUUCAUGAGAAACCCCUCGUUUCUGAGAUAACUCGAAACUAAUACCAAAAGCUAUAGCACGGACCAACUUUGCAGUUGCUAAUGUUUACUGAAAAUGAAAGCUAUUUUCACCAGAUUGGUAUUACAAUUUAUUUGUAGCUAUCAGUGUAUAAAUUGUUAAUCUCUUUAAAAGGGUUUUCUGCAACAAGUCCAAAGAAGUUAUGUAAAUAAUGAAAUGGGGCAGCUGUUUCAUAGCUUUAUAAGAGAUUUUUACCUUUACUAUGCAACAUUCUUAUUGUGUGGCUUUAAUAUGCCACAUGGUAAUAAUGCACAAUAUAGCAAUAACUAUUCAGAUCAUGUGCUAAUAUUUGUCAUAUGCUCUUCCCAUGUGUUAGGAUAGUGCCAAAGCCAUGUUUUACACCUGAUUAAUACUUUUUUGUAAAAACAUGUAUAUUGCUGCAAUUGCUAUUACAUUUUGAUGCCCUAUAGUACCUCAGAAAUUAUGUACCUAGCAAUAUACAACUAUUACAAUUGAAUUAGCCAUUUAGUAGUAUUCAGUCAUUUGAGGGGUCCAAGCUAAUGUUUUUUUUUAUUAUUUUAUUUUUGUAGUUCCAUUUGUGUGUUGAAGGAAUAUUUUUUGAAUAAAUGAGUGUAUUGUUUAUGAAUGCUGCUGCUUGCCAUGAAAACUGUCUAGGUUUUUAUUUUGCUUGUUAUUGUAAUUGAGAUUAAUUACAGCUUUGAUAACAUCAGCUUCAGUAAACUAACUCUUCAGGCCUUAAUACCUCAUACUGUGCUGUCACGCUCUUAUAGUGGGAGCAACAUGAUGAUCAUCAAGAAUAAUGUAAAAAUGUUAUUGGUGAACAACAAAUGCUAAUAAAUUGUAGUAAAACCUUA